CGGAGUCAGCGGGGCUUAGGCCCCGGCACGCCCGCGACCCGCGCGAGGAGAAGCGCUACGGAAAAUGGACGGAUGUGUGUUUUCCACCGCGAACGAAGAUGAAUCGCUCUUGCUAAAACGACGUGGCGUAAUCGGCUCUCCUCCAGAAGAAAUCGCGAGAAAAAUGUCGUUGCGAGGUGGAACGACAUUGUUGCGUAAAACGGUUUUAGAAUGAUUACAUUUGAAGAUGUAACGGACAGCCGGUCGUUUGGCGCUCGCAAUAAAACGAGCAGGAACGCGCAGGGUGGUGAAGCAUCUCGCUUCCUUCUCUCGCCAAUUUCCGUCCUGGCGCCGCGAAGAUUCAAAAACAAAAUGGCGACGGGCGGCAAGUGUCCAACGCACAGCGUGCAAAGUGUCAACAGGACGUUCGAAACGUACAAAGCGGACUCGUCCGUCGUCGAGGAGAGGCUGUUGCAACUCAAGGUGGACGACGACGUCGACGGCCCGAUGGUGUUCACUUGCGGAAAGUGCAAGUUGCCCGUCGGGGAUUCGUUGUCGUGGGACGGCAGCGAAGACGCCCAAAAUCAAAUUCAGCUCAAGCGGGUCUCGGACAACGUGCUGAUGGCGAAGGACGCUCGUCUGCACGAAGCCUGCAAAGGUUCUCUGUGUCUGAUCGUGGAUUUGGUGUGUGGCGGAUGCCGCUCGGUCCUCGGGAUGAUCUACAAGUCCACGCCCAAGAACUUGGACCACAAGAGAUACAAGUUCUGCUUCGACGUGGCCCACAUCGACAGUUACGUGCUGGGCUCGGCGAGCACGACGUUGUCCGCGGAGGCCGGCGAGGAGCGGCCGGUGACUCUGGAGUACCGAGGCCAAGUCGAGCGCCAGCUCGCUGAGAUGAAGCUGCUGCUGGUGUCGAUGGCGCGACAUGUGGAGGAGCUGGAGAGCGCCGUUCGGGACAAGGCCUGACCGCGUCAGACAAAAGGCUCGCUCGCUCGCGCCUCCUCCUCCUCGAGGCGAAAUUGGCGCCGUCGGCAGUUCGGGCAUCGAUCGGGACGCCUUUCGUCGUCGUCGUCGUCCUCCUCCGCCGUGCUUGUUUGUGCUCAUGCUGUUCGUUGUUCAGUUGUGUUCGCAGUUAAGCAAAUAAAAUGUUUUCCACAUCAGCGCUCCCCAACCUUCACCAUUUGGACAGAUUGGCGCACUUUGAAACAAAUGAAUGAAAGAAAGAAUUCAAAAUCCAAAUCAGCGUCACGCUAAAUGUUGUUGUGGUCUUUUGAGGCGGAAGCUUGGGCUCCAUCGUCAAAACAUUUUGGCGGCUUGGUUCCUUCUCUCGCGAGCCCGUCUUCCCAAGAUUCGGUGGGUUUGGCGGCCGAACCCCAAGUCGGACUCCGCAGAUUGGUCCUCUGCUUCUUGCAAGUUGUGGCCUCUUCUGUUUCCAAGCUUUCCAAACAUGAGUUUUUGUGUUGGGAUGUGAAAGUGCAAGUUGUGUGUACAACGCGCGCUAAGACUCGUCACUUGAAGUCAUGCGAGAGCCUGGUGAGGUGCUGCUGUUUUGGUUAGCAACAACGGUCACAUGUGCUCAGCUUUUGUUGUUGCGUCAGUUAAGCAAAUGUUGUCGAGUGUUUUCAGUGAUCCGGAUAAUCUGCGAGGGUUUUCUUCUUAUCCGGUCGGAGCAUCCACAGGCGGGCGGAUUGACUUUUGCCUUUCGGUCGACGAUGCGGCGCCUCGGCGUGCUCGCGGUUGACGCGCGGGCUGACCUGCAAUGUGCCUAGCAACACUUCCUGGCGAGGCGUCCUCCCGUCGACCCUCCCCCGACCAUCAUCAUUCAUCAUCCGCCGCGUCCAACCAGCACGCCGUAUCCUUGGAGCGGUCGCCACGGCAACAGGCACCACGUGCUACAUCGGCUCCCUGUUGCGGGAGGGGCUCGCGGCUAAUCUGUGCGCGCGCCCGUGUGGUGUUUUUCUCCCGACUAACCACACCCUCCCUCCCAGGCCGCAAACAACAAAACACGCCGCAACGUUUUUGUGCUUGAGCAUCUCGUGUUGUUUGCAGACGGAUGUGCGCACACGCGGCUGACACGCGGCGUGGGGCCCGAUUCAAUCUAUUAAAACACUAAUGCAGCCCGUGUGUCAAAUGGUCAGACGCCAGUUGUGCCUUUGAAGUGCAUUUAUGUUCCUGAAAGAUUGUAAAUAUGUUUUGACUAUAUAUGAGGUGACCCAAAUGAUGUAAACAUAUCUGAGGUGACCCUAAACAUAUAGGGUGGCCCUUAAUGCGUUUUUCUAUGUGAGCUAACCCUAACGAUGCGAUGUGAUCCUAAACGUGUGACUAUAUAUGCGGUUACUAUACUACAGUAUAUGAGAGGUGACCCUAAAGACGUACUUUACUUGGCCCAUGUGAGGUGAGCAACAUAUUUUCGGAUACCGCGUGUUCGACGUCCCACGUGUGUGCGCGUAUGGUGUGUUGUGUGUGUGAGGCUUUGCACACGUUGCACAGCUUGCCGCCUUUAUUGCACCACUUGUCGUGUGGCCCAAUCAGCUCGGCCAUAAGGCAAGCACCCGCCCCCCCCCACCCCCCCACCCAAUUGAAUUAUGCAAAGGCUUCGCCCCCCCCCCUCUCUCCCCCACCUCCCUUCCACCUAUGAGGGAGCCAUGUUGCCAUGGAGGCAAUGAAGCUUCCAUCGGCCAAUCACGUCGUCAGCCGCCUGCCGUCGCCGACCAAUGUCGGCUCGAGCUGUCGCCACAGACACCGGCGCCUGAUUGGCUCACAGCACCUAUUUGAUGACA